AUUCCAGUUUCUUUGUUUUGGUUCUUUUCUGUAUUGUCUUUGCCUAUAGACAAGUAAGUAAUUUUGCACAAUAGUAACAUUGAGUUUGUGUGCGACAUGACAGGCAAGCGCAUUUUGGUUCUAAGAGCGCAUAAAAUUGUGAUGUAAAAAACGGAAAACUCUUGUUAGUCAGUCAUCAUGGCAAACCCUAGGAAAUUUAGUGAAAAAAUCGCACUUCACAAUCAAAAGCAGGCCGAAGAGACGGCCGCUUUUGAAAAGAUUAUGCGUGAAGUUUCAGACGCAACCAAUAAGGUUAACACAAGUAGCCGACGUGCAAGAGUCAAAGCCCCUAAGCCCGUGGAGAACAAUGACUCCAUGCUCAGGCCCACACAACCGGGGCUGGGCUCGUUCCGCAGCGGCUCCUUGCCAAAUGUGGCUGCACCACAGGCCAGUGCGGAGUCAGAAAAUGCCAAGCCUGAAGAAGUAACGCUAGCAACACAGUAUGGCAUGGGUGGAGGCCGCAGUGGAGGCGCGUCGCCGUCGCGCUCCCCUACGCAGCGAGGCCGAGCCUCUAGCUCCGUGGGGCCCAUGAGGCGCCCCGCCGACCGCCGCCACGACACCAGCCCCUACGGCAGCACGGUGUAUCUAAGUCCACCGCCAGACAGUAACUGGCGUCGCACCAACUCCGACUCGGCGCUGCACCAGUCGUGCGGCGGCGACGCGCCGGCGGCCUCGCAGCCGCUGUCGCCACACCACCCGUUGCAUUCCCAUGCACAUCCCCACACGCAGCAGAACCAUCGGAGAGCCAACGACAUUCACCUGGAUGUAUUGGGCGCGCUAGGUAUGAACCCCGCCAACCGCCCGCGGUCGUCCUGUGAAAUACCCAGAAUACCAAACAAUACCAACGUGUACUCGAGUGGUGACGGCGGGGGAGGGGGCGGCGGGCUGGCGUGCGGCGAGCUGCAGGUGCCGGGCGGCUCGCUGCCAGACCUCACCUCCGUGCACUACCCCUACCUGCCCGCGCGCGACCAGGACUACCAGAACAGAUAUAGCCCCACGUCGCCGGGCGCGGUGUCGCCCGCGGCGGGCAGCGGGUCGCCCGCGACGGGCGGCCUGUCGCCCGCGUCCGGCUCGCCCGUCGGCGCCACCGUGCCGCUCGCCGCCAUGCACCACCCGCACGACCACACGCAGCUGUACGAGCAGAAUCACUUAUCUGUACCAAACACAAAUAAUUAUCUCCAUCAUAAUAAGAACCAGAUGUCCCCGCUAGACCACAACUGGAUACCGUCGAGUUGUUACCAAGCGCAGUGUAGUCCGCCUUCGCAAUAUUCCUCCACUUCGAAUAUUAAUAUACCUUCACCGACGAUGGUACACAGUCCAGGCAGCCCGGCGGAGUCGCCACAGACGGACUACAGCUUACACUCGUCGUUACUACAGCCCUUCGAGCAAAUCACCAUGCAAGGAGUUGACUGGGCGCAGCUGGUGCAGAGCUUGGUGGAGUCCGGCUGGACGGCAACCGUCCAGGUCGCGGAAAAUCUGGACUCGCCGGUGUCGAGUUACAACGCGACGUAUAUCAACCACAGUUCACCGCAGACAACGAAUUCACAACACACGUACCCACAGUCGCCAGGCAACUGCGGCGCGCCGGGGUCGGGGAGCUCCGGCGUGGGCGUGACGCGGCCGCGUGACCCCGUGCCCGGCGGCGGCGGCUUCCUGCCGCCCCUCGCGUCCCCUGCGCCCCCCGCCACCCCGCCUAGCAUACCCGACAUCAUCCUCACAGGUGAGCACACGCGCCCCGUGCCCGGCGGCGGCGGCUUCCUGCCGCCCCUCGCGUCCCCUGCGCCCCCCGCCACCCCGCCUAGCAUACCCGACAUCAUCCUCACAGGUGAGCACACGCGCCCCGUGCCCGGCGGCGGCGGCUUCCUGCCGCCCCUCGCGUCCCCCGCGCCCCCCGCCACCCCGCCUAGCAUACCCGACAUCAUCCUCACAGGUGAGCACACGCGCCCCGUGCCCGGCGGCGGCGGCUUCCUGCCGCCCCUCGCGUCCCCUGCGCCCCCCGCCACCCCGCCUAGCAUACCCGACAUCAUCCUCACAGGUGAGCACACGCGCCCCGUGCCCGGCGGCGGCGGCUUCCUGCCGCCCCUCGCGUCCCCCGCGCCCCCCGCCACCCCGCCUAGCAUACCCGACAUCAUCCUCACAGGUGAGCACACGCGCCCCGUGCCCGGCGGCGGCGGCUUCCUGCCGCCCCUCGCGUCCCCCGCGCCCCCCGCCACCCCGCCUAGCAUACCCGACAUCAUCCUCACAGGUGAGCACACGCGCCCCGUGCCCGGCGGCGGCGGCUUCCUGCCGCCCCUCGCGUCCCCUGCGCCCCCCGCCACCCCGCCUAGCAUACCCGACAUCAUCCUCACAGGUGAGCACACGCGCCCCGUGCCCGGCGGCGGCGGCUUCCUGCCGCCCCUCGCGUCCCCUGCGCCCCCCGCCACCCCGCCUAGCAUACCCGACAUCAUCCUCACAGGUGAGCACACGCGCCCCGUGCCCGGCGGCGGCGGCUUCCUGCCGCCCCUCGCGUCCCCUGCGCCCCCCGCCACCCCGCCUAGCAUACCCGACAUCAUCCUCACAGGUGAGCACACGCGCCCCGUGCCCGGCGGCGGCGGCUUCCUGCCGCCCCUCGCGUCCCCUGCGCCCCCCGCCACCCCGCCUAGCAUACCCGACAUCAUCCUCACAGGUGAGCACACGCGCCCCGUGCCCGGCGGCGGCGGCUUCCUGCCGCCCCUCGCGUCCCCCGCGCCCCCCGCCACCCCGCCUAGCAUACCCGACAUCAUCCUCACAGGUGAGCACACGCGCCCCGUGCCCGGCGGCGGCGGCUUCCUGCCGCCCCUCGCGUCCCCCGCGCCCCCCGCCACCCCGCCUAGCAUACCCGACAUCAUCCUCACAGGUGAGCACACGCGCCCCGUGCCCGGCGGCGGCGGCUUCCUGCCGCCCCUCGCGUCCCCCGCGCCCCCCGCCACCCCGCCUAGCAUACCCGACAUCAUCCUCACAGGUGAGCACACGCGCCCCGUGCCCGGCGGCGGCGGCUUCCUGCCGCCCCUCGCGUCCCCUGCGCCCCCCGCCACCCCGCCUAGCAUACCCGACAUCAUCCUCACAGGUGAGCACACGCGCCCCGUGCCCGGCGGCGGCGGCUUCCUGCCGCCCCUCGCGUCCCCCGCGCCCCCCGCCACCCCGCCUAGCAUACCCGACAUCAUCCUCACAGGUGAGCACACGCGCCCCGUGCCCGGCGGCGGCGGCUUCCUGCCGCCCCUCGCGUCCCCCGCGCCCCCCGCCACCCCGCCCAGCAUACCCGACAUCAUCCUCACAGGUGAGCACACGCGCCCCGUGCCCGGCGGCGGCGACGGCUUCCUGCCGCCCCUCGCGUCCCCCGCGCCCCCCGCCAGCCCGCCCAGCAUACCCGACAUCAUCCUCACAGGUGAGCACACGCGCCCCGUGCCCGGCGGCGGCGGCUUCCUGCCGCCCCUCGCGUCCCCCGCGCCCCCCGCCACCCUGCCCAGCAUACCCGACAUCAUCCUCACAGGUGAGCACACGCGCCCCGUGCCCGGCGGCGGCGGCUUCCUGCCGCCCCUCGCGUCCCCUGCGCCCCCCGCCACCCCGCCUAGCAUACCCGACAUCAUCCUCACAGGUGAGCACACGCGCCCCGUGCCCGGCGGCGGCGGCUUCCUGCCGCCCCUCGCGUCCCCCGCGCCCCCCGCCACCCCGCCUAGCAUACCCGACAUCAUCCUCACAGGUGAGCACACGCGCCCCGUGCCCGGCGGCGGCGGCUUCCUGCCGCCCCUCGCGUCCCCCGCGCCCCCCGCCACCCCGCCUAGCAUACCCGACAUCAUCCUCACAGGUGAGCACACGCGCCCCGUGCCCGGCGGCGGCGGCUUCCUGCCGCCCCUCGCGUCCCCCGCGCCCCCCGCCACCCCGCCUAGCAUACCCGACAUCAUCCUCACAGGUGAGCACACGCGCCCCGUGCCCGGCGGCGGCGGCUUCCUGCCGCCCCUCGCGUCCCCCGCGCCCCCCGCCACCCCGCCUAGCAUACCCGACAUCAUCCUCACAGGUGAGCACACGCGCCCCGUGCCCGGCGGCGGCGGCUUCCUGCCGCCCCUCGCGUCCCCUGCGCCCCCCGCCACCCCGCCUAGCAUACCCGACAUCAUCCUCACAGGUGAGCACACGCGCCCCGUGCCCGGCGGCGGCGGCUUCCUGCCGCCCCUCGCGUCCCCCGCGCCCCCCGCCACCCCGCCCAGCAUACCCGACAUCAUCCUCACAGGUGAGCACACGCGCCCCGUGCCCGGCGGCGGCGGCUUCCUGCCGCCCCUCGCGUCCCCCGCGCCCCCCGCCACCCCGCCCAGCAUACCCGACAUCAUCCUCACAGGUGAGCACACGCGCCCCGUGCCCGGCGGCGGCGGCUUCCUGCCGCCCCUCGCGUCCCCCGCGCCCCCCGCCACCCCGCCCAGCAUACCCGACAUCAUCCUCACAGACCAUUCGUUCGCAGACUACUCGGAGGAGGCGGCGCUGCGCGCGGAGCUGGACCUGGACGACCUGACGCUGCUGGACCAGCCCGGCUCGCUGCUGCCCGACUCGGCCGUGGAGCACGAGCUGUUCGACCGCUUGUAGUACCCGAGGGACGCCAUGCCAUACGCCUGCGAUACCUGCAAGCCGCGGUUCGUGUUCGUGAGACUCCCUAAACUUCAUGACAAUUUCUAUCGUUUCAAGUCUGAGUUAGUGAACGUAGUCGGUGUAGCGUAGUGCGAGGGACGCGUGUAGGAGGCACAUUCCCGGGCUGCCGUGUGAGUGCGUGUUUAUUGUGUUUUUAAAUGUUUUACUCAACUUUCAUAUUCGAGGGGUUAGGUAUAAUAUAGGCUAUAGAUUUUUUUAUUAAAAUCGAUUACUUUAUCGAUGAUUCUUGUACAGCAUGGAGUAAUUAUUUUUUAAAUAAGUAUUGUGAAUAUUUACUCGAAUAUCAUUAGGGAAUUUGAUUCGGAUAUAAAGGAGAUAUUUUCGUUUGUAUAAAGACCUCUUCGGUCGUCUCCGUAUACAUAAAUUUGAAAGUGUUCACUUUAUUAAAAUUGCAUUUAAAUCGCUAAUGUUGCAUGCUAGUGUAUCAGCGAAUGGCCAAGAAUAGUAAAAAAAAACUUCUAUAAUUUGUAAUAAGAAACUUAAAUCUCUUUUAAUCUUGGUGAUGCAUUAUCAUUAUCCAUCAUUCAACGAUUGCUCAAGCGUUGACUGGUCUAUUCGGAACUAACGAGACGCCGAUAUAAGCAUUUAAACUUUUACCCCAAAGCAUGAACGUUUUAUAAUAUACAUAUUGUUCUGCACCACAUUUGUAUUACGUACAUGUGCCCCAAUUCCUCGUAAAAAUUCCACGGUUAAAUUUAAACUACCGCGAGUCUAUGAAGUUAUAUCGUUACUACCUACGGUUUAUCUCACACAAUGCGAGAGACUGAUGUGCCCUCGUGAGAUACAAAGUAGUAGCGAUAAAGUAUAUUACGGCGAACAGUUCAGCGGCUGUAGCAUGGUCGCAUUUUAUCGCCUGUCACCAUACCUGCCACGUUCUAACAAGUAUGUAAGUGCGAAAGUGACAGGUGAUAAAAAUGGAACCAUGCUGCCACCGCAGCGGCGGCAUCAUGGUUCCACUUUUAUCACUUGUCACUAUGUCCGUCACUUUCGCGCUUACAUACUUGUUAGAACGUGACAGGCAUGGUGACAAAUGAUAAAGAGCCAACCAUCUUAGCCCAGCAGGAAAGCUUUGUCAUGACAAAUUACACAAUUUCUGUUUAUGAAAACACAUAGCCUAAACACACUUCACACGCUUAAAUACAAGUUAUAUGUAGAUUUUCAUACUUGUCCGCUCGACUGUACAUAAUAUUGGCACUAUGUGCCUUAAUUAUACUUGUGGUUGUGUUCUUGUUUUUAUGUACCUUUUAUUUGUAAAAUGUUACCUACGUGUGUUCUGCCACUUGUCAUGACGGGGUUGCAGCCUAGCCGAUUAGCAGCCGUAACCUAGGUUUACUUGACGUUUCUGUCCUUGUCAUAUUCCAUAAGGAGACUGGAGACACUACAACAGUACUAUCCAAUGUGGAGCCAUCUAUUUAAAGAAGACAUUGUCGCCUUUGAUGUAGAUGUGUUGCUAGAAACUUCUGAGAUAAGUUCAAUUUUAUACGUUUAUUAGACCCGGGCCUACCGUUAUGUAACGGUUGAGUAAUUAGUUACUGUUAUAAUGCCUCAAGUCUAAUUUCGUUGUAAAAGUCCAUACUGGAUCACUAAAAUGAAGUUUGAAACUACGUUUAUUUCUUACGCUCUCGCUAAGUAAAAAUAACUCAAGAAAGAAGAGGCUAUAGUCGCCACGUUAUAAAACUCCGAGCUCAUUAUGCUAUAUUUUUCACACUCGCUAAGAGCCAUACAAAUAGUUAUUAUAAAAAAGAUGCCAUUAUGAAACCGCUUGUCUGUCGGUUAUUUACAAGGAUUUUCAAACUUGUAUUUUCGGUGGUCCCGUUCCGUUCUACGGCCGGUGGCGUUCAUAGUAAUUUUAGAGUUGUUAUUUAAAAAAAAUAAGCUUCUGUCGCAAACAUAUCUAUGUACUUAUGUGUGGUUGCGAGACUCGUUUCUGUGUGGAGGUCAAUUUUAGUAAGCACGUUAAUGAUAGGGUAAACGUUUUAACUGACCACUUGCUGGAUGCUAUUCGACUUUACCGUGUCUCAUUCCAUGUUUAUUCAACUUUUACUGGCUCCGGUACUUUGUGGGUUUCGCGUCAAGAAUAAUGUAUACACUUUUGAUCUUUAUUCCAUUGUAAUAUGGCGAGAAAUGUAUACAUAUCUUUGAUGUAGGCUCUAAUACUCACUGCAGUGUUUGUCAAGUUUAAGCAAAACCACACUGGAAGUGUUUUUCAAACUUUGGUGUUCUGAGUGAGUCUUUUUGACGAGAAAACUUCAGAGCGCAUUUUAGAUUAAACUUAGGAUUACAGCGGAAAAACCAGUUUACAUCUACAUUCAUAAUAUGUGUUAAAUUUGUCAUGUAAAUGUUAUGUUUGUGUUGGGUAUGAGUACUCGAAAGCAUACCUGUAGUACGCCGAAUUCGCAUCAGUAGACCAUCCGAAGUUAAACUUUGUAUAGGUAUUAAGUUUGAAAUGUUUAUUGUAACAUUUUAACCCAAUGUACUCGCAAUAUUAAUUCUUUCUCGGUUUAUCAUUUAAAUAUGUAUUGUAUAUUGAUCGGUGUACUUGACACUAGAAGUACAAAUUAAUUUUAAAGUUUAAAUUUUUUAUAAAUAUUGCGAAUGCAGUGACGUUCAAGUAGGCACUUAUAUGUUUCGUUUUGUGAAAAUGCUCAUUUUAUUAUUUUUUAAGAAUCUAGUCAGCAAGUUAUGAGUUCCAAACGAAAUAGAAAGUUCCGACAGCGGCUUCCAUUCCAUUCCACGAUUUGAAUUUUGAUUGCGUACAUUGUGGGUGAGUUCAAUGCGGAAUGGUUCAGUAAAACGAGGGACACGAUGAAGGCAUACUUGUGAAGCGCCACUUGAGACAAGCACUAGUAACCUUCUUUAUUAAGACUUAUGCAAUUGUCAAAAUAACUUUACUAGUUAUUUAGAAAAAAAUAUAUUGGCGAUAUAGUUAUCCAAUCUGUAUAUGUUUUUCAUCCCAUUCAUUGUGUUUGGUACUUGAUUAAAGAAAGCAGGACGAAAAAGGACUAUAUUCUCCACUGCGCUACACGCGUAUGCCUUUUCCGUUGCAAGUGAUGACAAUUUCAGUGUCUGUAUUUUUUGUUAUGUGGUGUCGUUAUUGAUGAGGUGUAACCAAUAGGUUAGGAGAGCUUACUACGCUAUGUCUUGUUGGCAUAGUUUUACUAUUGUUUCUAAUCAUCCUUCGAAUGAUUUAGAAACGUUAAGUGUACAGAAUUUAAAUAUAGCUUGCUUUUAUAUUCAAACUCUAAAGAAUCAAAGAACCAAAUGCUUAAUAUGUUGUUUAAAUUUUACUUUUUAGUUAUGUUUAUUUUCACAGAUAAUAUUGUUAAUGUGGUCUAAAGUUUAAUUUCACCGCAAUAGUGACGUACUGUAUGACAGGUAAUUGUAUAAAUAGUUAUUGUAUCAUAAAUCAUAAUUGUGAUAAAGGAAAAAAGCACAACAUUAAAUCGUUAGAGAAGCCUAAUCUGAUGAUAAAGUAAGGUUCUGUUCUUGAAAGUUCACUGUAGUUUUUUCUAAAGUUGAUACGUUAUGUACAUGUUAUGUACCUGAGAAUAUGUUCGGUCGGGCCUAUUGCUAAAAAUAUCUAUCAAUUUUAUACUGAUUACGAUCUCUUUGAGAGUCAGACUAAAAUUUCUUCAGUAAAACAUUAAGGUAUCUAAUUACAAAAACAUGACGAAUCUAUAAGGGUUCCGUUUUUUGCCAUUUGGCUACGGAACCCUAAAAAUUAAAAGCUCAUUUUAAGUCCGAAAGAGAGAUAAGGACCAUGGGCAACUUUGUAUGGAGCCUGGGUUAAAAACUAACAGAAAUGAAAGUUAGGUAAUUAGAUAGGUAUUUCAAUGUACUUCAUUUCAUUCUCUGGGCACCAAGCGGAAUUCCAUUGCAGAACUGAGAUAUUUGUAUUUUAGACGAAAUAUCAUCACCCUUAUUACCAAGGCAAUAGGGUCCAAGUAAGUAAAUUAAUUGCUGCAGGGUAGAUGUUCGCGCACCACUGCGAGCGCGCAAACCAUUCGCCGCGCUCUCCCAGCGGUGUACUCUAUUGCCUUGGUAAUAGGGAAUGGAAAUGGAAUUCCGCUUGGUGCCUAUAGAACGAAACUAAAUACAUAUCUAAUGGCCUAAUUCUCAACUCUGUUGGUUUUCGGCCCAAUUUGUUGGCCUUUGAAAUAAAUGAGCUAGGUCUUUACGUACUGAAAUUUUCAGUGCGAGCCUCUUGUAUUUUCAGAAAUAGGCCCCGUCGGGCAGUGUAGGCUAGAAGUCGAGGGUUAACCAAUCUGGAUAAGGUGCAAUAUGGUUUUAUAUGUUGAAAUUUAAUGAACAUGGUUACAUGGUUCAUUGUAUUAUAUCUCGUUUGUAAUAUAAUAUAACAAUGUUGAAACUAUAUUAUUGUUUUUCGUCGUGCAAGUGACAUUUAGUCUGAGAGCUUUUAAAAAUAUUGACGAUGUUCAGUUUCUACAAAGAUAAAAAUAUUUCAAUUUAUUAUUGACGAACAGAUAAGACAUUGUUAAAUCAAUUAUAAAUUUAUUUAAGUAAUUUUUAAUUAAUUAUAAUUUACAUCUGUUCACGAAACACUAUUUGUAAAUAAACUUCAAAGAAACUUAAUGUAAAAGUCAAAGGUUUGAAUGUGUAUGUAAAAAUACAUCUGAAAUUGAAAACAAGUGUCAUUUAAAAGCCAAAAACAUUGGGAUUUCUAACUCGUUCACAAACGUCGUUCGAAUCCCAACCUUAUUACGUGUGCCAUAAGUUAUAUUAUUCAUAUGGAUUUUUUAUUUAGAUCAAUCCUAAUCUUUGUCUUAUUCGAUAACUACAAUAGUGGCUAGUAAACUUGACAAGUUUACAAUUAUAUUCAUAAAGUAAUUUUAUAUUCAAUUCAGAUGUUGGGUCAAUUGCAAUACAUACAUUUAUACCGUUAAGCGAUGUGGCAAUGUUUCAUAAUUAUCUCCUGGGUCAGUCAUCGCCAUCAGUGCCGGGGGCGCUGGGAUACCAUGUCACUCGUAUGAUAUUGCCACGGAAAACUACUGUAGGUACAAUGCCACGUUACAUAACGAUGUAAAGAUUAGCUCAUUGCUCAUGGACCGGCUAGGACAGAGCUUAAGACGAAAAGGAACGAAGUCACGUUACCGCUUUUGCAUUCGUAAUGCCUAUUUGCCUCUCACGAUAUUUAUAUUAUAGAAAAUAUUUUAUUAAUGUAUCAAUAUCCAGGGAGGAAAAUGGGGACUACGUUUGUGUGGAGAAGCGGUUGUCCUUUAUCCUCUACCGAUAGCAAUGUCUAAAGUUUUAGUUGGUCCAUUAGAAUAUUCAAAGAGUUUUGUAAUGAAAAAAUCGGGCCCCAAGUUUAGCUGCCAAACUAGAUGGCGACUUACGUCGCCAUGUUUAUGACUGAGUUGUCGAAUGUUAACUUCUAACAACCGCAUAGUUAUGGAACCGAACAGUACUGGAAACUCUUCUACUCUUAAUAACUCUUUGGUAUUCCUAUACCCAAUAGCAAUGAAAACCGGUAUAGAAAUGUCUAAUGUUAUCCGAUUUCAUUGUUCUGAAAUGUACAUAUUUUGUUAAUGGGGGUAAAGUAUGUACCGAAUUUUAAUGGGAAUGGGUUAUAUAGGAAUAGGCCCGUACAGUCAGCCAAGAAAGUGGUUUACCACUUUUCGACUAUUACUUGACAAAUAGAGUCGAAAAGUGGUCAACCACUUUUUUGGCUGACUGUACCUAUAUCUAAUUUUUUUAAUAAUUAAUAUAAUAUCACAUGUUGCUAUGCAAUUAGAAACUUACGGAACGGCACUAGUUUUGACUCGCUGCAAACAUUUAAGUUGUUCGUUUGUCAGUUCCUCAGUAAUCUAGUUAAGAGACUGGUUUAUUGAUCAAUGACACGAAAUUAGUGUCAAUUCGAGCUAGCUGUGAUGUCACUUUGCACAUGAUGAUAAAACUAUAUGUUGCAUAAUGGGAAGGCGAGAUUUAUCAAAAUUGUACUCUAUUGCUGAAGCUAUGUUUGGCUAACGAAUGAUAGGGUAGUAUCAAAUUUAUAUAUGCGUCUUUUCGGUAUCUCCAUCUCUGUAACUUCAAUGAGCGAUAGAGACAGAGAUAUAGAAACUUCGAAUUUUGCGGUAAGCCCUCUUCUAGAGGUCAAAAUGUAUGUAAGUAAAUAGAGUUAGACCAAGAUAAGUCUGCAAUGAUUUUGAUUGCAUACGUAUUUAUACGUCAUAAUUUUAUAGAAGUUUGAUGUUUAAAAUAACACACUGCGUAUGCUAUCAAAAUCGUUGCAGACUUAUCUUGGUCUAACUAACUCUAUUUACUUACACACAUUUUGACCUCUACAAGAGGGCUUACCGUAAAAUUCGAAGUUUCUAUAUCUCUGUCUCUGAUCGUUGCAGACUUACCUUGGUCUAGCUCUAGGUAUGUCCACAGCGUUGCGUCUUCAACUGUCUAUUCAUCUUGCAUUAGACUGCCACACGUGGUACUGUUUGACCAAAUAUUCGUUUAUCCAGCGUAUACAAUUUCUUAGAUCGCGAGGUUCUGUCAACUUGAAAUAGUGGAACUCGAUGUACCCAACACACCUUUAUCGCCAUAGAAAAAAAUAUGUUGCCAUGUGCCACUUUGGUUGUUACUAUCUACUUCAUGCCAACUGUGCUAUACAUAAGCAUGUUAUUCGAAUGUGUAGAAAAGUUUGACGACCGGUCUGGCCUAGUGGGUAGUUACCCUGCCUACGAAGCCGAUGGUCCCGGGUUCAAAUCCUGGUAAGGGCAUUUAUUCGUGUGAUGAGCAUGGAUACUUGUUCCUGAGUCAUGAGUGUUUUCUAUGUAUUUAAGUAUUUAUAUAUUAAAUAUAUCGUUGUCUAAGUAACCUCAACACAAAUGUCCUAUAAUAUUUAUUUAUUAUUUGAUUCUCAUAUCACCUCAUGCUCGUACAAUUUUUUGAAGAAACAGCAAAAAAAAGAGCAGCGCUUGUGUGGACAUGUCUCGUGUUACCGCGUUACUAAUAUAAUUUGUUUCUUUUACAUUCGUUAGCUAGAUUUGAUGAGCAUAGACAUUUUUAUGAAACAAUUAUAAUAUUGGCGUUUGCCAUCCCGCAUUUUGGAUUUAGAUUAUGAUACUUAGUAUAUAAUGUAUGUGCAAUUGAGCAGUGACAAGAAUGUUUCUUGAAGGCAACGAUACACCAAAAUGUGUGAUUAAUCUACAAUCCUUGACCUUCGAUCAAUUUGUAUGACAUAAAAUCUUAGAUCAUUAUUUCUCAAACAUGCACAAACUUAUUGAGAAUUUCGCUAUAAGAUGAUGUUUCGAUGGUUUGUUUUAUUUAAACCAAAAUACAUGUACAUAAUAAGUGUGAUAGAGAUGAAACGGUCUCAUUUAAAAUAAAAUUGUUGUAAGUACCUAA